CAAAGAGCUGUCUGUGCAGCUCCUCUUCGGGAAUUGGAUCAUUUUUGAGUUUAACUUUUAGUCGAAAGGUACCCGUUUCGCACAACGCACCUAUUCUGUCACUUUUUGGUUGUGCCGAGUGUGUGUGAGUGUGUGUAUAUACAUUUGUUUGUGUUAAUGUAGUACCUACGGCUCGAAAAUGAAUACAAAUCUGACAGAACAAUAGAACAAUAUUGAAACAGAGACUUGAAAAGGCCAAUUAAUACUUAAAUUGAACUCGAAAUAACAGCAGAGAUAACAGCAGAAAACAUGCAAGAAGUCUUCGAAUUACGCAGAUACUUGUCGAUGCAAGCCGGCCUAUAGGAAAUUCAAUGAUAAAAAAUCAAGUGCGCAAGGUAUGUUUAUACCAGAUACACUGAGAAGCUGUAUGAUCGAGACGGACGUAUCUUCCUAUUUGCAAACAUCUUCGACCGGACAGGAUGAAUUUCACCCCUUCAUUGAGGCAUUAUUACCAUACGUCAAAUCAUUCUCGUACUCUUGGUUUAACUUGCAAGCUGCUAAGCGCAAGUAUUACAAGAAGCACGAAAAGCGUAUGUCCUUGGAAGAAGAGAGGCAUUGCAAGGACGAGCUACAGAAUGAAAAAACAGAAGUAAAACAAAAAUGGGCUUCUCGUCUCUUGGGUAAAUUGCGAAAGGACAUAACACAAGAGAGCCGGGAGGAUUUUGUUCAAUCGAUAAUCGGCAAACGCAAAUCGAUUUGCGUCCUCUCCAAUCCCGACCAAAAGGGCAAAAUGCGACGCAUCGAUUGCCUAAGGCAGGCCGACAAAGUCUGGCGCCUGGACCUCGUUAUGGUUAUCCUAUUUAAGGCCAUACCAUUGGAGAGCACGGACGGAGAGCGUUUGGAAAAGAACCCAGAAUGCCUUCAUCCGGGUCUGUGUGUGAAUCCAUAUCACAUUAACGUCUCUGUCAGAGAGUUGGACUUGUAUUUGGCAAACUUUAUCAAUACUCAUAACUCAACGAUAAAUCCAGUCGCUAAUUCGACGAUGACAGCAAGAUCAGCCGCCGCCCCCGUUUGUGGUCACAAUCGAAACAAUAAUUUGUCAGUUGACAGAAAGGAUGAUGCUGAGAAUGAGGCAAAAGCAAAAAGUCUAAGACAUAAUCCAUACAAUGGAGUUGUUUGCAACGAUAUUAUCUUGGCAACUGGAGUCUUUUCAUCCCAAGAGCUCUGGACACUAUCCAAAGAUUCAAUACUCGAUGAAAUAAGUGACAAUAGCCUGCAUACGAACAUCAUCAAGAGGGAGAAUAUGGGAGCUGCUUUCGACUGCAACUCAUACCAGCUGACCCCAGAUUCGCCAAUAUCCAGCUCACAAGGGCGAGCUCAGGCUGGAGCUAUUGUCGCCAAUCCGAUUCCAGGUGGUUUCAGCAUUGACUUUGUCGAUCAGAAUCAGCGAAGUGUGCAUUUAUCAACAUCUCCAUUGUUACGUGCGGAUACAACAAAUGGUUCCACCACCGAUGCAUGUAAGAUCGAUCACAGUUCUUCGCCCCCGAUUAUUUCCCGUGCAAGUACAAGCACGGACAAUUGUACAACUGGCAGUUUUUCCGUGAUUCUUCGAUCGGCAGACAACAACAUCAAUUCCAAUGGCGAGCCAGCGGCUUCUACUGAAUCUUCUUCAAUAUCUCUGCAUCGAUAUACCCCAUUAAACAGCCGACCAAUUGCAACAACUAUGCCACCAAUUCGUUCAACAGAAGCAAUUCUGCACCAUAACUGUUCUACGUUUCUGGCCACGUCUGUUAGCCCAGUCAAUACCCUGUAUUAUCCACAGCAUAGCAGUCCACGCCUUCUGCCACAUACGACGAUAUUAGAUCAGGAGCAUGAACAUAACCAAUCGCAGUCCGAGCAACAACAGCAACACGCCGACAAAUUUCAAUCGGAGACUCAUGACAUUUCUGAUUUUGUCACAUACGUGUGCCAGGAUGGCGGCCAUUCUACACCCUUAACACCUGAGAAUACCGUGUUUCAGCACCCGCACUCGCAUCAACUGUCUUCGCACAGCCACUCGCACACCCACUCGCCACACUAUCAGAUACACCAACAACUCAGAAAUUCAAAACUUGCGGCUGCACCCUCGACCCACUAUCACAGCACCAUGCUGCCGCCGAUGCUGCCGCCGAUGGCACGACCUGUGGCCAUUAUUCGAACCAGCGGAGAUUUGGCAAUGGUUCAAUCACCGCCAUCGUCUGCGGUCAGUCAGUCUUCAAGCCUGGCUACGAAUAGCCUGUGCGUAGCAAAGACCGGCUUGGUCGAUGAUGAGAAUCGAACUAUUAAUUCUAUGGAAGGCAAUCACAGUCCGAUUAACUCCGAUACAGAUCCUAAUACCAACGCUGACUGCACAACACUUGUCUCGAGAACCUCACCGCAACCACAUCAAUCGCCGAGCCCUCAUGUUUCUACCGAAGAUGCUCGAUGUAAGAUGCCACUAAAUUCUUUAACUCGAAUCGCAGCACCAAUGUAUCCUUCAUCUAAUGGUCGGGAGUACUUUAAUCACUUUCAUUCUCAAUCAACAUCGUUACUUGGAUAUGCGGGAUCCAUUUCGACAAUGUCAGGUGUUAUAAGUCCUACAAAUCUAAGCCUAUAUUCAACACCAACUAUGGCUGUGACCUCUGCGCACCGUUCGAGUGUCAGAUCCCGUUGGAACAAUGGACUUGCCGAAGACGAGUUCAACUUAAUUCCGCACUCUGUAGCUAGUACAAAUAUAGAAAAUACACAGGUUAUAUUAAUGGAAGAUGCAACGGGCCGUUUUACCGAUGAAUACUCAACAAAUCCAAAUCGGGAUUAUGUAUCGUGAACAAUUGACAGAAUGUCAACAAGCUAGGCUUUGGGCAAGCCAUAACUGAUAUACUAUAUAUAUAGAUAUGUUUAAAUGCAUAUGGUUUAAUACAGCUAAACAGAUUAAUUUCAACAUCACUUAUUUUAAAUUAUAUAACUCUCAUUUAAAUUUAAGCAACUGUACAUAAAACAUCUAGAAGUAAAUCGUAUUUUAAAGGAAACGUACCUUAGAGAAUUCUGUUAAAUUAAGCAUCACACUUAUAUUCAAUAACCUACCUAUGCAUGUAUAUAUAUGUAUGUCUUUUGUAAUAUGAAUAUAUAUGAUAUAUCAACAUAUAUAUGGCACGUGUAUGUGUAUGUAUAUGCAUUAAUUAGCAUUUAGGGCUAUCAAUUUGUGUUGAAUGCAUGAGUUUAUCAAUGGUCUAAUGACAGACUCAUGCAUGCAUACAUAUUUGUAUGCCAAUACAAAGUACAAUGCUUAACAUGCAAGUAUGUACACGUACCCCCAUACACAUAUACACAUACAUAUAUACAUGCAUAUUUAGAUUACAUGCACAACUUCAAUUGAUUCGUUCACCAUAUAUGUAUACGUACGGAGGCUUACAUAGUAAUAUGUACGGUUUUGGGAGCAUUGAUGAGAAUACAUGAAUACAGUUCAGAAACUGGUCCAACCUCCAAAUGACUGAACACAUGUUAUAACAUAUGUAACAUAUAUUAUAACAUGUUUACACAUACAUUAUAGCAUAUAUGAGUAUAUGUAUUUAUAUUUACAUUUUAUUGGGACGUAUGUAGGCACAUCAUUUGUUGUGAUAUUCAAUUCAAAUAUUUAUCAUCUUGGAAGAUAUUGGCAUGCAACAUGAAUACAUAGUAUAUAUGCUGUUGGUUAUUAACAUAUUAGCUAUGCUCAUUCAUUGAUUUGUCAAUAAUGGUUUGGUGAGGAUGCAGAAUUAAGUAAUGAAAACUUUGUAGAUCUGCAUAGUAAUAAUAAUAAUAAUGAAAGUGGCACAAAAUCAUUUCAAUAAUUAAAUCAACAUUUAUUUAUAUAUUGACCUCGAGCCGGCCAGCUUAAAAUAAAAUUUUUCCUACUCAUUACUAAAAUGGCGUGUAAUGCAUACAUCCCAAUAAAAUAAUAUAAAUUUUGGCAUGAAUUUUAUAUUGAUUCUUGCAGGGCUAACCCAUUAGCAUAAAGGGUUCUGAACGAUAAUAAUAAUAAUAAAUAAUAAAUAAAAUAUGUAUGUAUUUUUGAAAGACUACACAAAUGUUAGCAAAGUUAGUUAUACUAAUUACUAAUUAUAUUCAAAAGUACAUUCAUGCAUAUGAACGUAAGCAAACAAACAUGUGAGAACUAAAUAUAAUUAAAUUAAUUAAAACGUAUAAAUUAUGUAAUUCAUAAGACUAAUCGCAUACUUCUUCUACCCUGCAAAUUGAUUAUACAAAUAUGCUAUUUUAUACACAUUGUUCAUACAAGCAUGGAUAUAGAUGCAUAUAAAAUUAAAAUAAUUGCGACAAUAUUAGAUUUAGUAACAGUUGUGACAAAUACACAUAUAAUUUGUGAAUAUAUGUAUGUAUAUAUGUCGGUAUAUGAUGAUUAGCAUGUAAUCCUAAGAUCUUAAAAGAUGGCUCAUACGAAGAACGAGAGAUUAAACACAAUGAGAGAUUAUCACAAUGUACGUUUGCUUUCAAAAAUCUUCCAAACAAUUAGACGAAUCGAGACUCUAGACUGUAUUUAUUUUUUAAAUACAAUGAUAAAUAUGUCUUGGUCUUUGCACUGACGUCGUUCCAGGUAUUUGUAAGAAGUCGGUGUAGUAGUAUUAAUUAAAGAUACUAACGUUAAGACUAAAAAUUCCAAUUUAGUUUGAAAGACAUACUACCUACACAGCUUACUUACUUGAACCUACUUAAAAUGCGUGUACAGCCAUAUACAUAUGUACUUAAUAUAUCCGAUAUUGUUACAUAGAUACAUACAUACAUACAUGUAUGUUAACAACAUACUAUAACUAUUCUAAAUGACAACUUUAAAUACUCUUUGAUUUUAGCUUUAGAGCCAUCUCAGAGUCAUGUAUUCUUAAAAUUGCUUAAUUUAUUUAAUUUUAAUUCAAUUGUUUAUACAAUGAACAUAUUUUAUAUAUCAAUGCCGAUCAGUCUAGUGUGCAAACAUGUAUGCAUGUCUAUCAAUAUAUGUACAUAUGUUAACAAAUAUCUAAGUAUUCAUGAUGCAUGUAUAUAUGUAUAUAUUUGUAUAUGCAUCAUGCAGUACGUACAUAUAUAUAUACACAUUAUAUAUACGUAACCAAAUGUUUUUGUUUGUUUUUUAAAAUUUAAGUUACUUAGUACAAUAAUAAUCGUAAGGUAUCGGCAAAUGGCAUGUGCGAAAAUUGCAAAAAAAUAUUUAUUGUACGUUGACAAAUUGGCUGUGAACAUAGUCUAUUGCUAGUUCUGGUUAGUAAAAUAGUACUUAUAUAUACAACAUAUAUAGGUUCAUAAGUAGUUUGUGCUUUCAUCAUCAAUGAAAGUGCAUUUUAACUACUAAACAUAAGAGUGCUAUCAGUUACUUUAUUAGUACUUAUACCAAUAAUACUAUGUGUGUAUAUUGAUCAAUUGCGAACCAGAAUAAAAUUAUAAAUAAAAUUUAAAUACAAUAUUUAUA